CGUCUUAAUAUCGAAAUGGAAGUGAUGACUUUCAAGGUGAUAGUAAUUCUCGUCAUAGCGAUGAUUCAUCGAUCGAAAGCAGUCGUGAUCCCUGUCGACGAAGACGAAGCUGAGACUCAUAACGAACCACAAGUUUCCUUCGCGAGUUCUUACAUACAUUUUCACGGACCAGUCGAAGGUCCGGAAUACGAAGUGAAAGUACCGUACGUUGUUCUCAAGAAUCAGCACAAUCACUUUUCUCACGGUCAAGAUCGUCAUCUUCAAGAUCAUGAAUACGCUCUCGACUACAUCGCGAAUCCCAAGUAUCAAUUCGCUUAUGGUGUCGAGGAUCAUCAUACUGGUGAUUUUCAUGGACAAAAGGAAUCAAGAAAUGGUCAUAGUGUAUCUGGCGAGUAUAGUGUAAAGGAACCCGGAGGUGCCCUAAGGGUUGUUAGUUAUCACGCUGACAAGGAUGGAUUCCACGCUGUAGUUCAUACUUCCGGUAAGAACGAUCACGCUUCAACCAAUCUCUAUUCUCAGCAAGAUCACGUCCAACUUCGAAUUCAAGAUCACGAUCACGAACAAGAUCAAGGGCUUGAUACUCACGAAGAAAAUCAUUCGCUUCGUAACUACGAGACUUCAUACUCGGUUAGCGAAAUUUAUUAA